AUGUUGUCCACCGACAUCAGGCUGCUCUCGGCGAAGGCGAAGAUCGGCGUGCCCGAGAUCAAUCUCGGGCUCUUCCCCGGAGCUGAUGUUCACCGGCAGCCCAUCGGGGCGGAGGAGGCGGUGGCGCUCGGCCUCGCCAACCGCGUCGUCGCGCCCGAGGCGCUGAUGGACGAGGCGCUGGCCCUUGCCGAGACGAUCGCGAGCAAGUCGCCGCUCGCGCUCCGCUAUCUCAAGCGCACCAUCGACGCCGGCGCCGACAUGCCGCUGCCGGCGGCGCUCGCCCACGAGCAGGCCAUGAUCUCGCUGGUGCUCGACAGCGAGGACGCGCACGAGGGCUGCCGCGCGUUCCUCGAGAAGCGCGAGGCCCGGUUCAAGGGCGCCUGA